AUGAAAAGAGGAAGAGGAAAACAAAGGAUAACUGAACAUAAUAAGGAUGAAUCUGUGAAAAAAACUGGGUUUCGGUCUAUACCACUUAUACCUACCCCAAAAGAACUUCUUGUUGAUCAACUUGUUGAGCUUCGCAGCAACAAAAUUGAUGGUUCUUAUGAAUCAAUCGAUGAAUAUCUUGAAACUCAUUACAGCUUAAUGCGUGAAGAUUUCAUUAGGCCUCUUCGAGAAGGAAUUAGACGUUUAAGGAAUCCUGAUAAAACUGAUAACGACACAUACAGAAACACGGAUAUACGGAUUUAUGAGCAUCCUCAUGAUUUGCAAAUUGAAGUAUCUUUCAAACCAGAAGAGGCUGAAUUCGUAUGGCCAGAUAAAAGUUAUACUAUGGUUGAGUCAACGUCUUAUUUUGAAGCUUAUCGUCAUAUAAUGAAUGUCCUCCAAAAUUUGGAUCCUAAGUCAUUACCUUUUAAAUCGCAUAUUGUCGAUCUUAUUACGGAUAUUGAUGAACCUGAAUAUUUAAAACGUCGUCAUUCUGUAUAUGAAUUUGGAAAAGUAUCUUCUUUUGAAAAGAUUGAAAAAAUUUUUGGAACAUCAAGGGAUUGGCCUCCAUUAGAAGUGUUGGAUUCAACUCUUCAUACUUCUCAGUAUGAAGCCCUAAAACAAAUGUUGACUAAACGUUUUGUAUUAAUUCAAGGUCCUCCUGGUACCGGAAAAACUUAUGUUGGUUUAACAGCAGUUCAAUUAUUAAUUGUAAAUACUUCUGGAACUAUUUUGAUUGCAUGUCAAACAAAUCAUGCUUUAGAUCAAUUUCUUGAAUAUAUUCAAAAAUUUGAACCUAAAAUAGUUCGAUUAGGUUCAAGAUCUCAAAUUAAUAGUAUAAAAGAACGAACUUUAUUUGAAAUUAGAAAAGAUUUAAAGCUUUCAGAUCAGGAAUCUCCUUAUAAUCCUCAGAUUAAUAGGUUACAUGCUGAUCGUAAAAGGAUUUUAAGGGAAAUGACACCGUUGCUCGAAGAAAUUCAUAACCCCUGUGUAACAUUGGAAUUUAUUCAGGAACAAGGGUUUCUUACUGAAACACAAAUUGCUAGUCUUAAGGAUGAUAAUGAUGAAUGGGUUACAAGUAAUCCUAUCAUAGAAGAUGCUGCUGAAUUUCAAGGUAUCGAUGAAGGGAAACCAACAACAGGAGAUUACGUCAUUGUACGAUCGGAAACAUAUGUAGAUUCAUCUACAUAUGUUAGUGAAGAAGAUUUGAAAAAAUAUAUGUCUAGUAAUGAUUUACAAAAUAUUCCUCAAGAAGGAAAAGCUGCAAUGCAUAAUAGAUGGAGACAAAAAAGAUUGGAUUUUGUAAAUAAUAAAUUACAUGAACUUAAUAAAAAAUAUUCAAAAAUUUGUGAACAAAUAAAAUACGAAAGAAUUCGUGAAGAUCUUAUGAUUCUUAAAGAUGCUAGAGUUGUUGGAAUGACAACAACUGCAGCGGUAAAAGCAAAAAUUUUAAUAGUCGAAGAAGCUGCUGAAACAGUAGAAGCACAUAUUAUUACUGCUUUAACACCAUCAAUAGAACAUUUAAUUUUGAUUGGAGAUCACAAGCAACUUCGACCAAAUAUCUCUGUCCAUGAACUUGCAGAAAAGCAUUAUCUUGAUGUAUCACUAUUUGAACGUUUGACUAAGACGUUUAAUUAUACGCAAUUAACAGAACAACGUCGUAUGAGAACAGAUAUUCGUAAAUUAUUAGAACCAAUUUAUGGUGAAACUCUUACGGAUCAUGAUUCGGUUAGAGAAUACCCACGUGUUCCUGGAUUAUUUCAUGAUUUAUUUUUCUUUGAUCAUCAAGAAGAGGAAUCUGCUGUUAAAGAUUCUACAAGCAAGAUUAAUAAGUUUGAAGCACAUUUAUGUGCUAAAUUUGCUUGCUUUUUGGUAAAUGGUGGAAUUGAACCGGAAAAAAUUCAACGUCAAGAAAUUAAGAAAUUUCUUCGUGAAGAAAGCAGAAAAGUUGAAAUAAUUGACGAAGUAAAAGAUAUAAUUGUUAGUUCUGUUGAUGGGUUUCAAGGAAACGAAAAUGAUAUAAUAAUCCUAUCAUUGGUAAGAAGUCGAGAUCCAAGAUGUGGUAUUGUGUGUGUUGCAUUAUCACGAGCUAAACAUGGCUUGUAUGUUUUUGGUAACGCAUCUCAAUUAAGAAAGCAAUCAGAACUUUGGAACGAUAUUUUGAAAAUCUUUGGUAAAAAAAAUGCAUGUAGCCAAUCUUUAAUGUUAUUUUGUCAAAAACAUUCCGACUUUGAAAUUGGUGAUGAUGGUUUACCUAAAAACCUUGUUGUGACAUCAGUUUCAUGGGCUGGAGAUAUUCCAUCUUCAGGAGGAUGUAUAAGAAAAUGUGAAGAAAUUAUGGCAUGUGGUCAUAAAUGUCCUUUGGGCUGUCAUAUAUUUCCACAUAAUGAACGAGAUAUUUGUUGGGAUUCAUGUUUACGACAAUUUCCAUGUGGACAUACAUGUACGAAAAAAUGUAGAGAUCCAUGUGGACAAUGUGAUAAAAUUGUUACUAUUCGACCACCCUGUGGGCAUGCAAGAGAAAUUUCAUGUCAUAAGUUCAGAGCAUCUGACAAAUAUCGAUGUACAGAAACAUGUUCUAAAAAAUUAAAAUGUGGUCAUCAAUGCAAAGAAAUGUGUUCAUCACCUUGUGCAACCAAGUGUAUGGUGCAAGUUCCCAUAAAGUUUCCAGGAUGCGGGCAUAUAGAUCCUGAAUUUCUUUCAGGACAAAAUAUAGGAAAUAUGACACAUUUAACAAGUAAUACGCCAGAAAUAUAUUCCACGAAUGAUAAAGUUUUAAAUACAAAUGAAAUAUUUAAAUUUCCGAAACAAAAUGAAGAUUUCAACUGGAAACAAACAUUUAAUAUGCCACCAGUUUUGACCGUGUUCCCGGAAUCAUGUUCCGAUAAUGAUGAUAAUAACACGACAACCACCAACUCGUAUCCCGUGACACCGACUACAUUAGCGGCAUCACCGGUAUCAUUUACACUCGUUCAACAUUAUGAAGAUGUAAACAAUUUUAAGCACGAUAAUACUCGACCUAUAACACCACCACUUGAAAAAGAAGCAACGAAAAGCAAAAAACGUAAUAAAAGAACACGAGAAGAAUACCUCGCGAAAUUUAAAUUACCAAUUAAUGGAAUCGCAACUAGAACACGAAAUCGAACACAAAAAAGUUUUCGACAACAAUAUACCCUUGGAUAUUUCCUCGAACGUGCCGCACCAAUUCCGGAACCUUAUUCCGGAUUUAUCAAUGAUGAUUUAUGUAGACCCAUAAAAAGGAUAUGCAUAGGAUCAUCCGGCCCUAGCCGAGCAAACACGGAAGAAGCCGACGAGCACGUGAGAGAUCGGCCAAAUAAUACAAAUAAGAAUCCGAAUUAUCCGAUUCCAAUAUCUAAAGAAGAAGUAAGAAAAAAAUGGAGUACGAAUAAUCAAAAAACAUUUCUUGCAACAUAUUUAUGUAAUGGAAAAGAUUUUACCAGUAUUGCACAAAAAACCGGUAAAAAAACAACAGAAGUAGUAGAAUAUUAUUAUAUGUUUAAACAUAAUAAGGAUUUUAGAGCAGCUAAAGAAAUGAUGAGAGAAAAUCAAGCAUAUGAAGAAUAUCUUGGUUCAAUCGAUGCUGAAAUGAAAGCAGUUGAAAAAAUGGCACAAUCUUAUGCACCUAAAUUUGCCGGUAAGAAAAAAGGUGUACCUGGACGACCAAAAAGAUCUAAUGGAAAAUCAAAAUCGAAAAAAUAA